CUUCUUGGCCUGUCUGUCGUGGCCAACGCCCUGGUCCCAGCUACCAGCUUGACUGCAGCCGUUCAGACUGGGGCCCCUGAGCCACCUUCCACUGCUGAGAUUUAUGCUAACCUUGGCAGCACUUACGACAAGACCGAACGGCCCUUCAUUCAUGGGAAUUUGCCAUUCGUGGAGGUGUCUCCUUCCAACAGCGGGUCGGCCUUGGCCGAGCGAUCGGAGCUCGAUAAUCCUGACCCCGAGACAUCUUCCGGCAAAAAGACCUAUGAUCUGGGGCAUGAGCUGUGCCGCUUCCGAGUUGACGACGCCGAAGACGCUCGACGCGUGUGGAGCGAGACUGGCGCAGGGACUAUUCUUGACAAAUGGGUUAAUGAAAUGGAUGCCAACAACGAGACUCAGUGGUUGAGGCAGUUUCAAGAGGUCUACCUUGGUGAUCCCGACUACUUGCGCUGCGAUAACCUGGGUGGAUACACCUGCAAGAUUGAUCAUCAGAUGUGCAAUAAGAUGGCCAAGGAUGGCCUGGCCGGCCACUACUGGAUCUUGAGGGCUGUCACCUCCAUGAACUCUCUUCUGUCUCACUUGAAGGAUUCCAUCGAGAUCAACAAGGAAUACUUCGAUAUGCCCAAGCUGGUGGAGUCCUUCAAGCCUGGCGACAACAAAUAUUCAGUCAGAAGAGCUCUGGAGAGCAUCGCCCUGGCGUUCCGCAUUUCCAACUCGGCAAAGGCCCCGAUUGAGACCUUCUCACAAGCGGCCCAAGAUGCCAUCGGCGUUGUCGAGUCACUCAACCCCGUUAACAAGCUCGAUUUGGCCACAGAGGUUCUUGCCGGGGUGACCACCUCCCAAUCGUUCGUUUCCGAGAUCGAAAACCGAGGCGAGAGCCGUAAGCUCGAUGAACUUCUCAAGGACUUGGGCCAGCGUUACUCGGGGACCAUGGAAAGGCACUUGCAGAGACUGAUGUGGACUGCCCUCGGCAAUCAAGACCGGGCCAAUCUGCCACAGAACUUGCUGACGGGAGAUGGUGGCUACAAGACUGACAUUGGCAAGUUGUUCGGCGAUGGAAAGUGGCUCCUCGAGGAUGCUUCGUUCAGCCUGCAGCCCUUCAUGGACCAGACUAUGCUCCUUGCGACACAGAAGUUCUUGAUCGACGUACUUCGCUCCAGUGAGGCCACGAUGUUUGUCGAUACCCAAAACCGAAGGGACUGGUGCGAAGGUGAAAUCGCAGAGGAUGGGUACAUCACCCAUCAGAUUAUGGACAUGGGGCUCGGGAAGGAUGCGUGUGUUGGUCUCCAGAAAAAGAAGUGGUCGUUCAUCAGUGUGGAUCAGGAGAAACUCCUCGCCGACCGCUUCCACAUGAACACGAACGCCGUGUUCCGACAUCUGUGGGACUGCGCCAAAGACUCGCGCUACACAGUCCCGGAUGUCAUGGAAGCUAUACCGGUCGGGGAGAUGAAGAGCGAUGGGACGUUGCCUCAUUGCUACUUUGCCAUGCAGGUCUUCAUGGGCAACCGGUACGACUGGGUCGCGAACAGGAAGGACGUCCAUCAAUACCUGGUGAAUAAUUGGACAUCCAAUGCCCUCAUCACGAGAGAGCAAAUGUUCAGUAACAACACGUGGAAUCCGUGGUCUGUCUUUGGCCUGGGGGUCGACCUUCCAGCCUGGAUUCAUGGGAGAGGC